ACAAAUUGAAGAGAAAGCACGCCAAUCCGCCAACGUACAGAUCAUAGUAAAGACCAUCCCAACGAUGCGCUCCUACCCCCGCCACGGAUGCGGCUCGAAGCACCAUGUAUGUUUAUUAACCUCAAGGCGGGACCUCACAGCAGAGCGUUUCCCUCACCUGGUCUCACAGGUCGCCGACAGUUGUAUACGGAGGCCUGAGGCACCAAUUAGUGGUAGUAUAUUGAUUCGAGCUACCAUAACCACAUGAACGGUACAGGAUGGUGACAGUGAGGAUAUAGAUAUAGAUGCUAUUUACGAUGCUUAGAGUAUGUACUACUCCCACUGUAGCUAUUUAGUUAGAAUUAUUACUCAGUCAUAUCGCC